AGUAGAUGUUUAUAUGGUUUAUGUAAACGCUUCGAACGGAGACAUUCGGUUAUCUCGCUCGCAAGUUGCCAUUCAUAAAAUUCGUUUCAAUUGUUCCCCCAGUUGAUUGUGCUCUAGGCCGGACCUUUGUUCGAAAGGUAGCGACUGACGAGCUCCGUGAAUCAAUUCGCAUCUGGAUCAACAAAGUAGACAAUGGGAUCGCAAUACCAGCUCAAUCGCUGGAAUAUCUGCUGACCUUGGACCACUACUGUAAACCCAUCCAUCGCAGUGAACUCUGCUGCUGUCCACGUUGGGUGUCCACAUUAAUGAGUUAGCGCGUUCAGCAAACAGACAGUGCUUAUCAUUUUAGUUCUUUUUAUUUGAGGGAAAGUUAAAUGACAAGUGUGCUCAUUCGAAAUCAAUUAUUGUCUCGGUAUAAAUGUAAUUUCGCUGUGCCGAUUAUAAAGCUGUGCGCUAGGAAAAUGAGCGAGAAAGCUGACACCGUUUUGAACGCUUCGGAUAACUGGUUCAAUAAAUAUGUCGCCGUUGAGGAUGCACCGGAAGGGAUAUUCAAAGGUGUUUCCGAUCGGUUCAACGGAAUUACUGUCGACUCGAAUAUUGAAACAUGCCACCCGGAACAAUUCUCAUCUGUCUUGCAAAAAUCCCUUACUCAUUGGACUGACAACAAGAAAAGAGGCAUAUGGUUCAAGGUUUCACUGAAUUCUAGUCAUUGGGUCCCCGAGCUGGUUAACCACCAAUUCAAAUUCCACCAUGCCAAGGACAAUUUUGUCAUGAUGUACCGCUGGUUGCCCACCGAUGAAAGUCAGAACAUACCACCAUAUUCGCAUACAAUGGUCGGGGUCGGUGCUUUAGUGCUGAACAAUCGUAAUCAAAUACUCGUGGUUAGCGAGAAGCAUGCGCUGAUCAAGGGCUCGUGGAAGCUUCCAGGUGGAUACGUGGAGCCAGGUGAAAAUUUCGUGGAAGCUGCAAUUCGAGAGGUCCAUGAAGAAACAAACAUCAGAACUAAAUUCGAAUCGGUUAUUUCUCUACGACACGCUCACGGUGCCGGCUUCGGGUGCUCUGAUCUUUACAUUGUCAUGGCUCUACUGCCUGAGAGCAACGAAAUUGUGAAAUGUGACCGAGAGAUUGCCAAAUGUGAAUGGAUGGACAUCGAGGAGUACUUGCAGCAUCCAAAGGUGCACGAAACUAAUCGAAAUUUUGUCCGUACUUAUAUGAAGUACAAGAAAAACGGUAUAAAAUUGAUGUGCAAGGAUGAGGUGCAUUCGAUAUUAAAAAAGCAAUACAACAUCUACCAAGUAGAACUGGAUAAUGAAGAACCUCCAAAGUUAUAGCGAUCUGUAGUCAUACAAAUCCCGAAAUGUAUAGAAACCGAAUGCGAUUAUUUUGAACAAAAAUAUUCAUUAGUCAGAUACUAUUAUGUAAAUAUUUUUCAAGCAAAUAAAGCAAUGUUAAGUUUUUAGAAAAUAUACAAACAAUCAUGAUGAAUCCUAUGUACGAAAUCAAUUAGCGAUAAUAGAAAAAAAAAUCGGCA